AAGGCAAGUUAGUUCACUCGGGAGGCAUCUAUGGAACGCUCCCGAGCGGCUAUUUUCGACAUGAAAGUGCAGCUCCUAUCUACUUGAACAGGAAAGCGCGGACUUCCGCUGUGGCUGUGACGGAAGCGGAAGUCGUCAGACAGUGUCAGCAGAUAGGAAAUGGAGAGCGAAGGAGUCUCAUCGAUACAUUAGCAGUGCUAUUAGAUGUCUAUCAGUGUGAUCGAUUAAAGACCGAUGCUUAUGAACGGAGCUCAUGGAGGCCCAUGAGGAGAAGCCCAUUAUCUACACGAUGGAGAACAAACCCAUAGUGACCUGUGGAGGUGAUCAGAACCUCUUCACGGCGCUGUACAGCUCACUGACCCAACAGCUGCCUAGAGAACCCAUGGAGUGGAGGAGGUCUUAUGGACGAGCACCAAAGAUGAUCUACCUGGAGGCCAAUUUUGUCCAGUUUAAAGAGGAACUGCUUCCUAAAGAGGGGAAUAAAGCGCUGCUCACAUUCCCAUUCCUGCACAUCUACUGGACGGACUGCUGCGACACAGAGGCAUAUAAAGCAUCGGUUAAAGAGGACAUGCAGCGCUGGCAGGGCAUCCUGCGCCAUCAUGGCACAGUCGAUUGGCUCAUCGUGGUGGUGGAGAGCGACAACAAGAAAAAGAACAAAACUAACAUCCUGCCUCGCACCUCCAUCGUCGACAAGAUCCGCAAUGACUUCUGUAACAAACAGAGUGACAGGUGUGUGGCUCUGUCGGACCCUCUGAAGGAGUCGUCUCGCUCGCAGGAGUCGUGGAGUUCGUUCCUCACUAAACUGCGCACGCUGCUGCUCAUGUCCUUCACCAGGAAUCUGGGACGCUUUGAGGAUGAGAUGAGAACACUACGAGAGAAACGCACAGAGCCCGGCUGGAGCUUCUGCGACUACUUCAUGGUCCAGGAGGAGCUGGCGUUUGUCUUCGAGAUGUUGCAGCAGUUUGAAGAUGCUCUGGUCCAGUAUGAUGAAUUAGACGCUCUUUUCACACAGUAUGUGGUCAACUUUGGCGCUGGAGAUGGCGCUAACUGGCUGGGUUCGUUCUGUCAGCCGGUGCGGAGCUGGAACGGACUGUUGUUACGCCGACCCAUCGACAUGGAGAAACGUGAGCUGAUUCAGCGAGGAGAGGCCAGUCUGCUGGACCUGCGCAGUUAUCUGUUCUCACGUCAGUGCACAUUGCUCAUCUUCCUGCAGAGACCCUGGGAGGUGACGACACGAGCACUCGAACUACUGCACAACUGCGUACAAGAACUGCGACUGCUCGAGGUGUCAGUGGUCAGUGGUGCUUUGGACUGUUGGGUGUUUCUCAGCUGUCUGGAGGUGUUGCACAGAAUCGAGGGCUGCUGUGACCGCACACAACUAGAUGCAAACUUCUCACAUACUGUUGGCCUCUGGACUUAUGCUACUGAGAAGCUUAAGUCUCUGGGUGAUCUGUGUGGUCUGGUGUCAGAGAACGGCCCAAACUCUGAAGACCUGAACAAAACCGUCGACCUGCUGGCCGGUCUGGGAGCAGAGAGACCCGAAACAGCAAACAGCCUUCAGAGUCCAUAUAAAAAACUCAAGGAGUCGUUAUCAUCUGUAGAAGCAUUUGAGAAACAAUAUCUGGAGCUGUCUCAUGCUGCUAUGGAGAUGUACAGGGCGAUCGGGCGACUGCGUUCAGCUCGACUGCUGGGGAAGAGUCUGGCUGAGUUCUACAUGAGGAAGGGUGACCCUCAGAGUGCUGAGAACUUCCUGCAGGAUUCUCUGAAGUCAUACGUGUCGGAGAGCUGGAGUUUACCGCUCACACACACACGCAAACAGGUCGCUGAGUGUCAGAAGCAACUACAGAAGAUGGACGAAUACCUGCAGACCAGUGCGCUUCUCGCCAGCGACGCCAACCUGAGCGACGAGGAGAGAACACACUUCUGCCAGGAGAUCCUGACCUACGCCAGCCAGACCCCAGAGGGCAAAGAUCGUGUCGCUCUCAGCAUGAGUUCAUUCACGCAGCUGCAGGAGUUCCGUAUUCGCCCGGCAUCUGCGCUCGUUCACGUUGGCGCCGCCCUGCAGCUGGAGUUGCGUUUGUGCAGUCUGAUGCCCCUGGCCAUGCACGUGGAGCAGCUCGCAGCCAGCAUACACUUCACGCUGGAGCAGCCCGGGACAGUGGCACAGAAACGCCCUGGUCAGAGUGCAGACGGUACCAUCACGUUCCCGGCAGUGAGUCCGGUGUCCGCUCCACCGCCGCUCGAACUCUGCGAGAUCCAGGAACACAGUCCAUCUGAUAACGCGCUCAACUCUGCCGGCGUGAUCUGUAAGAACAUGCAUCUGCUAAUAGGCCGCCAUGACAGCACCACAUCCCUGGAUACGCCCACCACAGCACCAUCUGCUGUUGUGAUGGAAGACAGCGCUCAGAUGCUGAAGACAAAUGAUGUCACUCUGUUGCCUGGCAACAACAGCAUCAUUUUUACUGCACCGAGUCAGAAGCCGGGCACAUACACUCUUCGGCAGAUGUGUGCCACAGUCGGGCAAGUUCAGUUUGUUCUGCCUCAUAUUUACCCUGUAGUGCAGUACGAGGUUUACUCACAGGAACCUCAGCUCACCAUCCAACCCCUCACAGACAACCUGUUGGCCGGGUUACCUCAGCAGGUGAAAUUCACCAUCUUAACGGGUCACUACACAGUGAAGAAGGGUGAUGCGCUUCAGUUGAGCAACACUGACUCGAUGCCAGUGCUUCACUCCGCCACAUGCACCGCACGCAUCCUGAGCAGCACUGAAGAGCUGGUGGGUGAGAGCGCUCUGUCCAUCCAGUCGUCUGAGAAGGUGACGAGCAUCUCUCUUCCUGUGAUUCCACCCUAUCACACGCUGGAGUUCCUGCUCGACGUGCUGUGCCAUAUCCCAUCAUGCCCUGCACGCAUGGAGAACGAACGGCUCACAAACGGCGAGAUAAGUCAUCGCUCGCGCAGCAGAGCGCGGUUUAACAGCGGAAAGACCUUCAUAGACCAGAAGGUGUCUGUUGAUUGCCCCUGGUCCAUUUACUCAACUCUAGUUUCUCUCACGUUCCACGUGCCAUUCAAAGUCAAACACACUCUGCUGUCUGCAGGACGCAGGAAGUUCAUCCAGAUUUGUCUUCAGAAUGUAUCAGACACAAACGUUCGGCUGACCAAUCAGACGCUCUCUGAGAAUCAACACACACCUGCACUGGAGCUGCUGUCUCUCAGUACUAACACACACAGUGUGGUCGUCAGUCGUCAGUGUGUGUUCAGCGUUUGGGAGCUGCGUUGGUCUGACACGCCGCCGAUGUCUCUACAGUGUGCGUUCUCUGCCAGCUUCGCUCCUGCAGACGCGCCCGACGCUGACCUCAAAUCCUACAGCUAUGACUUCACCCUGGAGAGUGUUUCCACGUUGUAUAGCGUGCGAGCAGAGAUCUGCCCGGUGGCGGGUGAGCAGCACUGUCGCACCGGCGCUCUCUGCAGACUGGAGGUGUCACUGACACGUCUCACAGAACCCAGCGAGACAGACAGGUCAGACGAGGAGGUCAGUGAGACGGAAGGACUGCGAACAUCCAGACUCAUGUAUGAAGUGAUUGAUAACAAUAGUAAUUGGGCGGUGUGUGGCAAGAGUUCAGGGGUCGUGUCCAUGCCGGUGUCUGCCAUGGCGACACACAAGGUUCAUAUGGAGAUCAUGCCGCUGUUUGCUGGUCACCUGCCGUUCCCGAACAUCCGUGUGUUCAAAUAUCUGCCUCACCACACGAGUCCUGUAAUCCAGCCUGACCCAGACUCGUGCCUGGAGAACGAUAACCUGUUUCUGCUGGAUAAGGGUUUGGAUGAUCAGGGCGACACGGCGAGUCUGCGCAGCCGAGGGAGCGUUCACUCUCUGGGCAGCGGAGAGCAGCAGCCGCGCAGUCUCCCCAUGCCAAAGCGUGAGGCGUUCCGUCCCGGUCAGGUCUUCAACAGCACACAGGGCCGUCAGGUGCUAGUGCUGCCCGUUGCAGACCAUCACAUCAUGGAGGUCAACGUCACAUGA